AUGGCCUCGGCACAGUCAGGAGCAGCCGCCAUGCCGAACCAGGCACAGUUCGAAGCGAUUCAACCAGGCGAGGCGGGCGCCACCCUAGAGCCUCACCUCGACUCGGGCGCAAAGGAUGCUCAGAAUGCUAUCCUCAGCGACCCGCAGCCCAUCCACGCCAUCGACGCUGACCACUCUGACGACGGCGAGAUCGACCACGGCCAUGCAGAGCGCCACGACGACCACCAACCUGCGGCCGCCUCCUCAUCCCGAGCCGACCAUGUCAACGUCCCCAUCAAUGCACCCUCUCGUAGACCUACGAGCGCCUCCUCCAGCCCUGACUCGGACAAGGAGCGCGUUGCGUCCGACGAUUCGUCCCGAUCCAGCAGCCCAGCUCGCGACAGCGACGAAAAGCAGUCCGGCUCGACCAACAAAAAGCGCACCAAAAACAAGAAAGGCGACGACGAAGCCGUGGAUCGUGUCGGCUUCAAGCAGCUCUACCGCUACGCCACCGUAUGGGACCACCUCUUCAACUUUAUCGGCCUCAUCGCUGCCGCAGCCGCAGGUGCCGUUCAGCCUCUCAUGACCAUCGUCUUUGGCAGCCUCACCACCGCCUUCCUCGAGUACUCCAACGCGCUCCUCUUUGGCGGCGACAUCCCCGCUGCACGCGACCACCUCAACUCCGAGAUCGUACACGGCGUCCUCUUCCUCGUGUACAUCGGCGUCGCCAUGCUCGUCGCAACCUACAUCUACAUGGCCGCCUGGAUCUACACCGGCCAGGUCGUCACCCGCCGCAUCCGCGAACACUACCUCCAGGCCAUCCUCCGUCAGGACAUCGCCUACUUUGACGUCGUCGGCGCAGGUGAGAUCACCACUCGCAUCCAGUCCGACAUCCAGCUCAUCCAAGAAGGCAUCAGCGACAAGAUUCCCAUGUCCGUCAUGUUCAUCAGCGCCUUUGUCACCGGCUUCAUCGUCGCCUAUGUUAAAUCCUGGCAGCUCGCUCUCGCCCUCAGCUCCAUGAUCCCCUGCAUCAUCAUCGCUGGCGCACUCAUGAACGCCGUCACCGCAAAGCUACAGCAGGCCGAGCUCGACCGCGUCUCCAAGGCCGCCUCCAUCGCAGAAGAGUCGCUCGCCACCCUCCGCACCGCAAAGGCCUUCGGCAUCGAGCACAAUCUCGUCGAUCUCUACGACGAGUCCAACCGUCAGGCAACCCGCUUCGGCAUCAAACGCUCGCUCUAUCAAGGUAUCGGCAUGGGUGUCUUCUUCUUCGUAAUCUAUUCUGGCUACAGCUUAGCGUUUUACUUCGGCGCAAAGCUCCUCGCUUCGGGCCACAUCAAGUCCGGCACCGUCAUGAACGUCAUACUGUCAAUCCUGAUCGGGGCCUUCAGUAUGGCAAUGAUGGCGCCCAACAUGCAGGCGCUCUCCUACGCCUUUGCCGCCGGCGCCAAGGUGUUCGAGACCAUCGACCGCGUCCCGCCCAUCGACUCGUCCGACCCCAGCGGCCUGCGUCCCGAAAAUUGCGCCGGACACAUCUCCUUCCGCGACGUCGACUUUGCCUACCCCGCGCGUCCGGACGUGCCCGUCCUCGACGGCUUCAACCUCGAAGUACCCGCCGGCAAGGUCACCGCCCUCGUCGGCGCCUCGGGCUCCGGCAAGUCCACCAUCGUCUCGCUCGUCGAGCGCUUCUACGACCCCGAUGCAGGCGCAGCCUACCUCGACGACAUCGACCUGCGCGACCUCAAUCUCAAGUGGCUCCGCACCCAGAUCGGUCUCGUCUCGCAGGAGCCCACGCUCUUCUCCACCGACAUCUUCUCCAACAUCGCACACGGCCUCAUCAACACGCCCCAGCAGCAUCUGCCCGACGACGAGAAGGAAAAGCUCAUCAUCGACGCCGCCAAGAUGGCCAACGCGCACGGAUUCAUCUCCCAGCUCCCCGACGGAUACCGCACCAUGGUCGGCGAGCGCGGCUUCUUGCUCUCCGGCGGCCAGAAGCAGCGCAUCGCCAUCGCGCGCGCCGUCGUCAAGAACCCCACCAUCCUGCUGCUCGACGAGGCCACUUCGGCGUUGGACACGCAGUCCGAGGCGGUCGUCCAGGAUGCUCUCGAGCAGGCGAGUCAGAACCGCACCACCAUCACCAUCGCCCACCGCCUCUCCACCAUCAAGAACGCCGACAAGAUCGUCGUCAUGGGCAAGGGCAUCAUCCUCGAGACCGGCACCCACGACGAGCUGCUCGCCCUCAACGGCGCCUACGCCCAGCUCGUCGAUGCGCAAAAGAUCCGCGCAAAGGUCGCCACCGAGAAGCUCGAUGGCGAAGACAGCGAUUCGGACGACAACGACGCGCCCCUCACGGCCGAGGCCAACGCAGCGCCCGCACACCUCGCCACCACCGACACCGAAAAGGCAAGGCUGCGCGACGAGGCCAAGGCCGAGAUGCCGGCGGGCCUCGACAAGAGCGUCACGCGCGGCAGCGUCGCCAGCGCCAUCCUGCAGCAGCGCCAGCGCCAGGCCGAGGCCGACAAAGAAAGCGAAAAGAUCCCCUCGAUCUUUUACUUGCUCUACCGCCUGGCCAAGAUCAACCGCGACCACAUCAUGACGCUGUACGUGCCUGGUGUGAUUGCGUCGAUCUGCUCCGGUGCUGCGUAUCCGUGCUUUUCGAUUUUGUUCGGCCAUGCGCUGCAGAACUUUUCGCUGUGCAGUCCCAUUGGCGGCGGCGCUUGUCCGGAGCCGGCGCGCAGCAUCAUGCUGCACGACGCCAACAAGUGGGCGCUGUUCUUCUUUGUGAUUGCCAUCCUGUGCACGCUGGCCAUCUCGAUCCAGACGUACACGCUCAUGAAGGCGAGCUCGGUGCUCAUGGAGCGCAUCCGUCGCAUGAGCCUGUUUGCCUACCUGCGUGCUGAUGUGGCGUACCACGACGAGGACGCACACUCGUCCGGCAGCCUCAGCAACUCGCUCGCCGACAACUCGCAAAAGAUCAACGGCCUCGUCGGCGUCACGCUCGGCACCAUCAUCCAGAGCAUCUCGACGCUCGUCACGGGCGCGAUCAUUGCACUUGCCAACGGAUGGAAGCUCUCGCUGGUGGUGAUUGCCUGCAUCCCACUUACGCUCUCGGCGGGUUUCGUGAGGUUGCAGCUCGUGGUGCUCAAGGACGCACGCAUCAAAAAGGCGUACGAGGGAAGUGCGGCAAAGGCGUGCGAGGCAGCGGGUGCCAUGCGCAUCGUGGCAUCGCUCACGCGCGAGGAAGACUGCCUCGACAUCUACCGCAAGGAGCUCGACGAGCCCUCGCGCAUCUCGCGCAACACGGCCUUCUACGGCAAUUUCCUUUAUGCCGUCUCGCAGGCGCUCCAGUUCUGGAUCAUCGGCCUCGGAUUCUGGUACGGCUCCCAGCUGCUUAUCCGCGGCGAGUAUACUUCGGGCCAGUAUUUCACCAUCCUUACGGCGGUGGUGUUUGGAUCCAUCCAGGCGUCCAACGCCUUUUCGUUUGUGCCCGACAUUUCCAACGCCAAGACGGCGGCGUGGGAUAGCAUCAAGCUGUUGGAUAUGGUGCCCGAGAUCGAUGUGACGAGCGACGAGGGCGAGGUGCUGGCCGAUGUGCAGGGCCACAUCAAGCUCACCAAUGUGCACUUUAGGUAUCCGACGCGGCCGACGGUGCGCGUGCUGCGCGGGCUGGACAUUGAAGUCAAGCCCGGCACAUACGUUGCGCUGGUGGGUGCAUCGGGCUGUGGCAAGUCGACGACGAUCCAACUCAUCCAGCGGUUCUACGACACACUCUCGGGCAGCGUUACGAUUGACGGCAAGGACAUCAGCGAUCUGAACCUGCGCGAGAUCCGCAAACACAUGUCACUCGUCAGCCAGGAACCCACGCUGUACGACGGGACGAUCGAAUUCAACAUCCGCCUGGGCGCGUUUGAAGACGCCGACACGGUUAGUAUGGACGACCUACGUGCGGCUGCGGCCUCAGCCAACAUCCUGGCGUUCAUCGAGUCUCUCCCCGACAAGUGGGAUACCGAGGUCGGUGGUAAGGGCACGCAGCUGUCGGGUGGACAGAAGCAGCGCAUUGCCAUCGCGCGUGCGCUCAUCCGAAACCCCAAGAUCUUGCUGCUCGACGAAGCAACCUCGGCGCUCGACUCGGACUCGGAAAAGAUCGUCCAAGAGGCGCUCGAUAAGGCCGCAGCGGGCAGGACCACCAUCGCCAUCGCUCAUAGGCUCAGUACGAUUUCUAGGGCCGAUAUGAUCUACUGCCUCAAGGAUGGCCGUGUGGCCGAGAGCGGCACACACGCCCAGCUGCUAGCCCUCAACGGCAUCUACGCCGAUCUCGUACACAUGCAACAGCUCCAGCGCGAGGAGUGA